AUGGACGAUGCGACCCGAAUCCGCCCCUAUAUAGAAAACCUGCGAGGUAUUGUUCGUAACUUUGAUCGUAUGGACGCUGAGGUGCAGUGGAUAAAUUCCGAAGAAGCACUCUUCAAGUUCCCCCAAACGUUCUACCCUCGCAUACAAGAGCUUAAAGACAUCAUUCUCCCCUACUACAGUCUGAUAUACCGUGCACUCCAGUGGCAAAGAGAUCUUGGAGUCUGGUUGGACGGACCGUUCGAGUAUCUAGACGCCAAUACCAUUGAAAGCCGUACAACAGAUUACUUUACCGACUUCAACAAACAAUCAAAAGCUUAUCGAACUAAAAUAAAGAUGCAGAUAGCCAUGGGCUAUCCGUACACAUUUGCCGGGGCUGUGGAUGAUCCGGAUCCCUAUCAAUAUCCAGCACCAAUGACUCUGUGUUACCAGUUGAUAGAAACGAUCAAGUGGUUCAAGCAGUACGUGCCUCAGGCCCUCUGCUUCUGUAAUCCUGCCCUUCGGCAGCAUCACUGGGACGAAAUGUCCUCAGUUGCGGGAGUUGAUAUCACUCCUGAUGCUGGCACAACCCUCAGGAAAAUUAUAAAUAUGAACUUGAUUGAUAAUAUGGACCAGUACGAAGCGAUCAGUAACAGUGCGACUAAAGAACUCGCUCUUCAGGACCUAUUGGGUAAGAUAAAACACGACUGGGAUGAUGUUUUCUUCACGACAACUCCUUACAAAGACACUGGAGUUGCAAUUCUCACUCAACUCGAUGACAUUCAGGCUCUUUUGGAGGAGCACAUCAUAAAAAUUCAAGUGAUGCGGGGCUCGGCCUUUGUGAAACCCAUAGAACAACAAGUCAAGUUGUUUUAUGAUCUUCUCUUGAGGAUUCAGAGUACCAUUAAUGAAUGGACGAACGUUCAGGUGCAGUGGAUGUACCUUCUCCCGAUAUUUUCAAGCAAGGACAUCGUCGCCCAGUUACCUGAAGAGGGAGUUAUGUUCCAAGAGGUAAAUGCCACCUUUCGCAGUGCUAUGGCUGCUGUCGCCAAAGAACCACUAGUUAAAGAGACUGCAGGAUCAGUGGGUUUGUGCGAAGCCUUGAAGCACGCCAAUGAGUUGAUGGAAAAGGUCAACGAUGGUGUCGCUAAUUAUCUAGAAAAAAAGCGACUCUUCUUCCCUCGAUUCUUCUUCCUGAGUAAUGAUGAUAUGCUGGAGAUCCUGUCUGAGACGAAAGAUCCUCUGAGAGUGCAGCCACACCUGAAGAAAUGUUUCGAGGGAAUUGCCAAAUUAGGAUUCAAUGACCAAUUGGAAAUUUUAUCCAUGUCUAGUGAUGAUAAGGAAGAAGUACAGUUCCAGGAGAUGAUAUCCACCAGUGCUGCGAGGGGCUGCGUCGAACGGUGGCUCAUUCAAGUCGAGGAGCAGAUGGUGAAAUCGAUACGACAUGAGAUUAUGAUGAGUUAUUUUGAUUACGAGACUAAUGAGAGGGUUCAAUGGGUUCUCAUCUGGCCCGGACAAGUUAUCAUCUGUGUCUCGCAGAUUUAUUGGAGCAUGGAGGUGCAGAAUUGCUUGAUGACUCACACCUUGACGAAUCUCGAGAGUUUGUAUAAAAAAUUGAGAGCGCAGAUCUUUGACAUGGUGAAUCUCGUGAAAGGCCAGCUGACCAAGCAGAAUCGCACGACCCUCAAUGCUCUCAUUACCAUAGACGUCCAUGCCCAAGACGUAGUCAAGUUAUUGAUCGAUAAGGAGAUCAUUGAUGAGACAGACUUUGAGUGGCUUGCGCAGUUGAGAUAUUAUUGGGAGGAUGAUGCUUUAGUGAGGAUUAUUAAUGCGACUGUACCGUAUGCUUAUGAGUACCUUGGGAAUUGUCCGAGGCUGGUGAUUACUCCUUUAACUGAUAGAUGCUAUCGAACCCUGAUUGGAGCCUACUCCCUCCACCUGAAUGGGGCCCCAGAGGGGCCCGCAGGAACAGGAAAAACCGAAACAACUAAAGACUUAGGUCGAGCAAUAGCAGUGCAGUGCGUAGUAUUCAACUGUUCCGACGGUCUUGAUUAUAAGAACAUGGGAAAAUUCUUCAAGGGUCUGGCUUCUUGUGGAGCUUGGGCCUGCUUCGACGAGUUCAAUCGAAUCGAGUUGGAGGUACUGUCUGUCGUAGCCCAACAGAUUCUCUGCAUUAUUCAGGCGGUGCGAGGGCACUUGGACACCUUCAUCUUCGAGGGAACCGAACUCCGGUUGAAUCCCGCCGUCUACGUUUGCAUCACCAUGAACCCCGGCUACGCAGGACGAUCUGAACUCCCUGACAACCUCAAAGUACUCUUCAGAACAGUCGCCAUGAUGGUGCCGGACUACGCAAUGAUAGGAGAGAUAUUCCUGUAUUCUUCUGGCUUCAGCACUGCUCGAGUCCUCUCAGUCAAGAUUGUCACAACCUACAAACUCUGCUCGGAACAAUUGUCCUCGCAAUCGCAUUACGACUACGGAAUGAGAGCCGUGAAGACUGUCCUGACAGCAGCGCAGAAUGUUAAGCUGAAGUAUCCAGACGAAGACGAACUAGUCCUUCUUCUGCGUUCAAUAAUUGAUGUCAACCUUCCAAAGUUCCUGUCCCACGACGUUCCUUUAUUCGAAGGCAUUAUCUCCGAUCUCUUCCCAGGAGUUGAACUGCCAUCACCGAGUUACGAUGUCCUGAUAAGAGCAGUGACAAUGGCAGCAGAGAGAAAAAAUCUCCAGCCAGUUGAUGCAUUUCUCCUGAAGAUUAUUCAAACCUAUGAAAUGAUGAUCGUCAGACAUGGAUUCAUGCUGGUGGGUGAUCCCUUUGGUGGUAAAACUUCAGUCUUACACAUCCUCGCUGACGCAUUGACUCUCAUGGAAGAGUGGGGAGACGGCAGUGGAGCAACAACCAUCUUCACAACUGUCAACCCGAAAUCUAUAACGAUGGGGCAAUUGUAUGGGCAGUUCGAUCCAGUUUCUUCGGAGUGGACGGAUGGGAUCUGCGCUGUCGCCUUUAGAAGAUACUGUUCUGAUGAAUCUCUCUCUAGAAAAUGGCUGAUCUUCGAUGGACCCGUUGAUGCUGUCUGGAUCGAGAAUCUCAAUACUGUGUUGGAUGACAAUAAGAAGCUCUGUUUGACGUCUGGAGAGGUCAUGCAGAUGACCAACGUCAUGUCGAUGAUCUUCGAAGCGAUGGACCUCCUGCAAGCUUCACCCGCGACAGUUUCUCGCUGUGGUAUGAUCUACAUCGAGCCUCAUGUCAUUGGUUGGAGGCCCUUCGUUGAAUCCUGGUACAACACACUCGACGUCAAAUGGGCGGAGCCCCGUCAAAUGGGAAUAAUGAAAGAUCUGUUUAAUUGGCUGAUCGAACCAUCCCUAGAGUUCGUCAGGAAGAAAUGUAGGAUUUCCUUGUUCUCCGGGCAGAUAAACCAAGUCGUGUCAACGACCAAUCUCUUCAAGAUGUACAUAGACGAUGCAGUAGAAGAGUCUGACGACUACGAAUCGAAUAUUGAGUUUUGGAUCCAGGCGGCAAUGAUGCUGGCCAUUGUCUGGGGAAUCGGAGGGGCUCUAGAUGCCGAUUCUCUCGAAAAAUUCAAUGACUUCUGCAUUUCUCUGUGGAAAAAUCAAGUCGAGGAGCUUCCGAUACCGGAGAGUAUCGUUGAAUCUCUAAUUGCAUUACCCACUGAAGGAUUAAUUCACGACAACUUCUACACGUUCAAGGGUAAAGGGGCGUGGAAGAACUUUGGCGAUGCUGCAAGAAUGGAGAAGAUCAUUGAAACUGCGAGCAUUGGACAGAUGAUAAUUCCCACCAUUGACACUGUGAAAUAUCAAAGUCUCUUCUUGAAACACAUCAGACACCGUAAGCGCUUUCUUCUUUACGGAGAAACAGGAACUGGGAAAAGUUUUUACAUCCAAGAUAUCAUGAUGAAUAAAUUGGAAGAGGAGCUCUAUCUGCCCAACCUGAUCACCUUCACAGCGAAAACAUCAGCGGCAAAUGCUCAAGAGCUCGUAAUUUCCAAGCUCUACAAGAGGAGAAAGGGACAGUUCGGGCCCCUAGUUGGAACCCAGUGUGUCGUCUUCAUCGACGAUGUCAAUAUGCCGACGAAGGAGGUGUACGGGGCACAACCAGCCAUUGAACUCCUUCGCCAAGUGUUUGACCACGAUUAUUGGUAUGAGCUGAAAGAACCCGAGAAGCUAUUGAUCUUCGACACGAUGUUUGUCUGUGCUAUGGGACCUCCUGGGGGUAGCAGGCAGGAGAUCUAUCAUCGGUUCCUUCGACACUUCAACUUAUACUCGAUCAAUAACUUCUCUGAGGACAGCGUCACCAAGAUCUUCACGAAUCUCGCGCUGGUCGGACUCAAACGGAAUGGCUUUGCGACGGAUGUUAUGUCAACGAUUGUCAGCCUGGUAAAUGCCACGUUGGACGUCUUCAAAAAUGCCAGCGAAUUCUUGAGACCAACUCCCGCAAAGUCUCACUAUCUUUUCAAUCUCCGAGACUUCUCCAGGGUCAUCAGAGGAUGUGCGAUGAUCAAGAAAGAGUCUGUGGAGUCUAAAACGACUUUCACGAAACUCUGGGUUCACGAGAUAUUGAGAGUUUUUGGAGAUCGAUUAAUCGAACAGUCGGAUAGGCACUGGUUGUUCAAACAGAUGAAGGAUACUGUUCAGAGAAUCAUGAGGGACAAUUUCGAAGUUAUUUUUCAAGAUUUACCGAAGGACAAUGAUCAGAUUAAUGAAAUCAGUCUUCAGAAUUUGAUAUUUGGUAAUUUUAUGGAUCUAGAUGCGAUACAAGAGGACAAACGGUACGAGGAGGUGCCUUCCAUGGAUGAGUUCAAGACCGUUGCUAUGCUGAGUCUUGACGAUUACAACACGACCCACAGGAACAAGAUGGAUAUCGUCUUAUUUCGAUAUGCACUAGAGCAUUUGGCGAGAGUCUGCAGGAUUCUUGCAAUCCCAGGAGGAAGUUUAUUAAUGGUUGGAGUUGGGGGUUCCGGUCGACAAUCGUUAACCAGGUUGGCAUCCAACAUGGCGGCUUGUGGUCUCUUUCAGCCGGAAAUAGGAAGUGCAUAUGGCAUCAACGAAUGGCGAGACGACAUUAAAGGGGUUUUAAAGCGCUCAGGAGGUGUCCAAAAGGACUUAGUCUUCCUCAUAACAGAGGGGCAAAUAAAAGAGGAGGCAUUUCUCAGUGAUAUCGAUAGUCUCCUCAACUCCGGCGAGGUCCCCAAUCUUUUCACAAUUGAGGAACGACAGGAGGUCAUCGAAAUGUGUCGUCUGGCAGCACAAGGUGGAAACCGUAACUUGGACAUCUCCGUUUUAUCUGUUUUAUCAUUUUUCGUCAACCAGUGCAAAGAGAAGUUACACUUAAUGCUGUGCUUCAGCCCCAUUGGCGACUCAUUCAGAACGCGUUUGAGGAUGUAUCCCAGUCUCGUAAAUUGUUGCACCAUAGACUGGUUCGAAAUAUGGCCAGAGGAUGCCCUAGAACAGGUUGCUAUACGUUUCACUACCCACAUCAAUGUCGAUGAGGCUGUGAAAGUGAAUGCUGUGGUUGCGUGCAAGUAUUUUCAUGUAUGCGCUAAGGAAAUGAGUCAAGAUUUUUAUCAGACAAAGGGACGGAAGACUUACGUAACGUCUGCGGCUUUUCUCGAUUUGAUAAGAAGUUAUGCGGAGCUGAUGAAUGAGAAGCAGGAGGAAUUGACACUGGCUAGGAAUCGAUAUCUUGGGGGAUUGAGUAAAUUGGCUUUUGCCGCUGAGCAGAUAUCGAAAAUGAAGAUAACUCUUGUUGCACUCAGACCGGAGCUCGAGACAUCGGCCAAGUUGACUGCUGAUACAAUGAACAAAAUUGAAAGGGAGAAUCUGGUUGUGGAAAAGGCAACCAUCAAGGUCAAGAAGGAUGAAGAUGCUGCCAAUAUUCAGGCUCGUGUUGCCGGAGCUUUGAAGGCUGAGUGUGAAGCUGAUCUGCAGGAGGCUCUGCCUGUAUUGAAUGAAGCUAUUGCUGCACUUGAUACACUCAAACCCGCUGAUAUUGCAAUGGUGAAAACCAUGAAGAACCCACCGGAGACUGUUAAGCUCGUUAUGGCUGCUGUUUGUGUUAUGAUGAAUGUUCAACCUGAUAAAGUUUUGGAUAGCAGUACGGGAAAAGCAAAAUUGGAUUAUUGGAAGGCUGCUCAGAGAAUUCUCAGUGACAUCAAAUUUUUGGAGAAUUUGAAGAAUUAUGAUAAGGAGAGUAUACCGAUCGAGACCAUACAGACCAUAAAAAAGACAUAUUUGUCAAACGAGAGUUUCGAUCCGAAGAUCGUGGCUAAAGCCUCCUCAGCAGCUGAGGGUCUCUGUAAGUGGGUGAGAGCUAUGGUUCUCUAUGAUAAAGUUGCCCGGGAAGUAGCUCCAAAGAAGGCAGCACUCGUUUCCGCGGAAAAAGAUUACGAAGAAACAAUGAUUUUUUUGGCGGAACAACGACAAAUGUUGGAAGAUUUGAAUGAAAAAUUAGCAUUACUGAGAGACGAUCUUGACAAAACAAUUGAAAAGAAAAUAGCCCUGGAGACACAAGUAAUCACCUGCAGAAAUCAACUGGCUAGAGCUGAGAAACUCAUUAAUGGUCUGGGAGGUGAGAAGGACCGGUGGUUGAGCUCUGCAGAGAGCCUUCAAAGGGCGUAUGACACACUACCAGGGGAUAUUCUCAUCUCCUGUGGUAUCAUUGCCUAUCUCGGACCAUUCAUAACUUCCUACCGAGUGGAAUAUGUGAAUAAGUGGAAAGUUUACGUACAAAAUCUCAAGAUCCCCUGCUCCGAGGAGUUCAACUUUGUUGCAGUACUAGGAUCUGAGAUUAAAAUCAACUCGUGGAAUAUAUAUGGUUUGCCUAGGGAUAGUUUCUCCACUGAGAAUGCUAUUGUGAUGGAUAACUCCAAGAGAUGGAGUUUAUUUAUUGACCCGCAGAGCCAGGCGAACAAGUGGAUUAGAAAUAUGGAGAGGGCGAGUGAAUUGGAAGUUGUCAAGUUGACAGAUAAGAAUUAUAUGGACAUUAUGGAGCAAUGCGUUGAAUUUGGAAAGCCAAUUUUAAUCGAAAACAUCGCAGAAGAUCUCGAUCCCCCUCUCGAUCCAAUACUCACAAAGAACACAUACAAAGUUUUUGGUGGGCUGUACAUCACCCUCGGUGAAAAAACAAUUCAAUACGACGAGAGAUUUCGCCUCUAUAUAACCACCAAGUAUCGUAACCCCCACUAUCUCCCCGAAGUGUUCAACAAGGUCACCCUAAUAAACUUUGCGUUGACAAUCGACGGCUUGGAGGACCAGUUGCUGGGAAUAGUUGUGGCAAAAGAGCGUCCAGACUUGCAAAAAAAGCGAGAGUUCCUGAUCGUCGAAGGGGCAGCGAAUCGAAAAGCACUUAAAGGAGUCGAAGACAGCAUCCUGAAGACACUAGCCACAUCCGGUGCUACAAUUCUCGAUGAUGAGGAGGCCAUUGAAAUUCUCGACUCUUCGAAAAUUCUUUCAACCGAUAUAAUGAAGAAACAAGAAGCUGCAAAACGUACGGAGAAAAAAAUCGAGGUCUUCCGCCAGAGUUACAGACCAAUAGCGAAACACAGUUCCUCAUUAUACUACACUGUUACUGAUCUCCCCAGCAUCGAUCCCAUGUACCAAUAUUCUCUCUCAUGGUUCAUCAACCUCUACAUCAUGUCCAUAGAAACAGCAAACAAGAGUAAAAUUCUUGAACAACGAUUGAUGUUUCUCCGUGACACAUUUACUUACAAUCUUUACCAAAAUGUCUGUAGAUCGCUUCUGGAAAAAGACAAAGUUCUCUAUUCAUUUCUGUUAUAUACGACUAUUUUACUAGCGGAACAGAAAAUAGAAAAAACUGAGCUGAUGUUCUUUCUAUCUGGGGGCAUUGUGGUUGGUAAAACUCUGGAAAAUCCAGCGGCUGAUUGGCUUCCCGAUAAAUCGUGGGAGGAAAUAACGAGGGUGGGACAACUUCCACCCUUCUCAAACUUUUCCAAAAGCUUUCAAGCAGAUAUCAACGACUGGAAACAACUCUACGACUGUGUGGCUCCUGAAAAAUCACAAUAUCCAGAGCCCUGGGAGUCAACCUUAACAGAAUUUCAGAAAUUAAUCGUCCUGAGGAUGCUGAGACCGGACAAAAUAACACUGAAAGUGAUUCAAUUCGUCGAGAAAGGAAUGGGGAGAAAAUUCGUCAUCCCCCCGAGCUUCGAUUUGUCUAAAUCCUAUGCAGACUCGAACUGCCUAGUUCCCCUGAUAUUUAUCUUAUCCACUGGUUCCGAUCCUAUGGGGGCUUUAUCGAAUUUCGCCGAAAACAUGGAUUACACUUCGAGAUUCACCUCGAUAUCUCUGGGUCAAGGACAAGGCCCCAUCGCCAAGAGAAUGAUUGAACACGCGCAAAGCACCGGCUCGUGGAUUUGCCUUCAGAAUUGUCAUUUAGCCGUUUCCUGGAUGCCGAUCCUUGAGAAAAUUUGUGAAAAUUUCGAUCUGACCAAUACCUCCAUAAACUUUCGCCUCUGGUUAACGAGCUAUCCCUCCGAUAAAUUUCCCAUCUCUGUACUGCAAAGUGGUGUUAAGAUGACCAACGAACCACCAACCGGUUUGCAACAGAAUCUCAUGAGAUCUUACACAUCAGAACCAGUUAAAAAUCCAGAAUUCUUUGAAGGCUGCCCGGGGAGGGAGAAGAUAUUCACAAGGCUACUUUAUGGUCUCUGUUUCUUUCAUGCUCUAGUUCAAGAGAGAAGAAAUUAUGGGCCACAAGGCUGGAAUAUACGAUAUGGAUUUAACGAAUCUGACUUUCAAAUUUCCGUUCAGCAGCUGCAAAUUUUUAUCAAUGAGUCUCAGCAGGUUCCUUUCAAAGCCAUCAAGUAUCUCACCGGAGAGUGCAAUUACGGAGGGAGGGUUACAGAUGACAGGGAUAGGCGAUGUCUUAAUACGAUUUUAUUGGAUUUUUAUAACAUGAAGGUCAUCGAGGAUAUCAAUUAUAGCUUCUCCGACAGGGGGAGUGAAUAUACAUUGCCCAGAAGGCUUGGUUAUCGUGAUUACAUAAGACAAAUCGAGGAGAUCCCUAUGAAUCCACCCCCAGAAGUGUUCGGACUCCACAUGAAUGCCGGUAUCACAAGGGAUUUGGAGGUGUCGAAAACAUUUUUCGAAUCCAUGUUAAAAAUUCAGGGAACUGUGACGGUGGGAGACACGUCGAAACAGGAUGAAUUAUUAUUGACAAUGAAGAGGGACAUUUACAAUCGUCUACCGCAGCUUUUUGACAUCGAGGAAGCGCAGAAAAAGUACCCAGUGUCUUACAUGGAAUCCAUGAAUACGGUUUUAAUCCAGGAGAUGGAACGGUACAAUACCCUCUUGAGGAUGAUGCGAGGAUCACUGCAGAUGCUGGAGAAGGCGGUUCAGGGAAUAAUUGUCAUGACACCAGAAUUAGAGAUCCUCUCUCAAAAUAUGAUGAAUGGAAAAAUCCCACCCACGUGGAUUAAAGCCAGUGCCUACCCCACUCUGAAGCCCCUGUCAAGCUUCAUCAGCGACUUCCUGAAGCGACUUGAUUUUUUCCAAGUCUGGUUGACAAACGGAAAGCCCUCGACCUUCUGGAUUUCCGGCUUCUCCUUCGUGCAUGCUUUUCUCACCGGUGCAAUGCAAAAUUACGCGAGGAAAUAUAAAAUUUCCAUUGACAAGCUUGACUUUGAUUUUGAGAUAAUCGGAGCCUAUCAAUCAGACGAAUCACCACAAGACGGUGUCUACGUCUAUGGAAUGUACCUGUCAGGUGGGAGAUGGGACAUUGGUAAAAUGCAUCUAACCGAGAGUUACCCAAAAGUCCUCUGGGAUUCACUGCCUAUUGUGUGGUUCAAGCCGACAGAAGCAACUUUCAUUGAGAUAGGAACACGAUACGAGUGUCCAUUGUACAUAACAUCCGCGAGGUUUGGCACCCUCAAAACAACUGGCCAUUCGACUAAUUACGUCUUAAUGAUUAUGCUUGAUACCAAAUUACCCGUGAGUCACUGGAUAAAACGGGGACUCGCGCUACUUUGUCAAUUAGAUGAUUAAAAGGAAUGAAACACUCAUUUAGACUGCUCGCUGCACUUUGCGUGAUAAAUUUUCAUCUAAAAAAAAUUAUUUGACUUCAACGUUUAUAUUGCACAGGAGCUCAAGUUGGACGGUGAGCCACUAGUGUAUAUACCAGGAAACGGAAUAGUAAGUAGACUCAUAUUUUAGCCCGAGAAAAAAAUCAAAAUAAAUGAACUAAGUGCAAUCUCUUUCGCUCUUUGCUAUUAGUCCUUCUUUUGGCUGAUUAAAUUUCAUUAAAGCCAGUUAAUUAUUGAUCGAGUUUUCAUAUGUCGUACAGCCAGAAAAGGACAAGGACGAUAGUGUCUUACGUGAAUUUUCCGUCAAAGUAAAGAGAUAAAUUCGCGAUAGUUGUCGAUACGAUUAACGAAGCGAGUCUUCUUACGUAAAUGAGCUGACUCUUGUCUACGGGGUUUAUAAAUUUUGGGCAAUCUAUAAAUAAAUAAAAAAACUAGAGAUAUAAAUUUCCUGCCUCCUGGAAAUAUCACGUUGACCAUUCUUCCAGGCUUAUCUUAAAUCCAAAGUUAGUUGGUAAAUAUAUUUGAACUUGAGGGAGAUAGCGGAAUCUCAGUUGAUAAAACAAGAAUGUGAGCGUCACGAAUAAUUUUCACAAAGAACAAAUCUCUGAGCUGAUUAAUCUCGGUCGACCAAGAACGAACAGUCAGGCAGUAAAUUAAAAUUCAUAUCAAUGAAUUCUUGAUGCACCUCGUGCAUCGAACAAUUUCCCUUACCUCGGAUUACCUCCAAGCCUUGAAUCAUUACUUCGAUCCAAUGAUGGUGUUAAAUUAUUCAGCAUUAGUACCUGCGAUUAAUGAUAACCGACUUGCAAUCCUGUCGAAGCAGAUCUAAAAAUCUCCAAAAUCAUAAUCCCACAGUCACAUACACCCAUUAGCGAUAAUAAUCCAUACAUAAACGUUUCUCCGAUAAAAGGGGAAAAAGGGCGUGGCCCUUUUCCGCCACUCAAUUCUCUCUGGGGCUGCAAAAAAACUCCAACAUUUUUACAAGUUCCCUGCAGCGAUUGCCAGUGUAAUAUCGAGUUUCUCUGGUGAUUCACGUUGACUCCAGCCACUAUUACCUACUGCGACCGAGUGUUGUGCAUUGCCAAAGUUCUCGGUACAUACCUAAAUCCCAUAGUACCUGAUUGGGCGGUUGGGGCCUACCACCGAAAGACCUCUGGCCAUUCCAGUCUUGUCUUGAAUAUAUCUCUGUGGCCUUCGAUGCUAAUUCCCAAGGAGUGCAUCCUUCAUAAUGUACUGUGAUUGCGGCUGCGCUGACGUAAAAUCGAGAACCGCUUACUUGUCAUCACAUUACAUGAUUCAUAUUAAAAAAAACCCUAAAAACCACCAAUACGAAUGAAUCCGCCCAUUGGUCGAUCAACUGCAUCAUUGCGAUUCCUCGUCCCAGUACUUAGGCUGGAAAUGCAGAGGGAUAUCUCCAACUGGCCAAUCAAUCACUCGUCACAGAUUAUUGACUAAUUUUUCUAAUGAAAUUAUGGAGACUCAUUUGAGGUCGCAGUAAUAGCAGACAUAAACAUGUUAUAAACGGUGUUUGCCUCGGUGAAAUGUACUCUAACUGUAAAAAAAAAUAAAGAGAAUG